AGUUAACACUGGUAGAGAGUGCACAUUUCGAGCAAGAUGGCGGAGAGCGUGGUAGAUUUCGGCAACCUCUUCAAGAAGAAACUAGACAGGUCACAGGAUGAACAGAAUAAGGAGGAUAACCGCCGAGAGCCACCGCCACCCGCAGCACUCAACUUCGACCCUCGCGAUUGGUACUACGACAUGUCAGGGGACAAGAUUAUGAUCAUCUUCAACCAUAAUACCUACAAGAGGACGCGUUAUUUCAGAGACAAGAAACCAACGUCACGUACGGGCACGUCGUGCGACGUGCGUGCACUGACUGAGACCUUCUCCAAACUGGGCUUCCAAGUCACCCCCCACCAUGAUAAGACGCACGAUCAGAUCCUGACGAUACUCGGCGAGUUGUGUGCGCAACAACAUACCAACACGUCGUGCGUAUGUGUGUGCGUACUUACGCACGGCGAGAGCGGGGGAGAGUUGUUCGCGAACGACCGCCCGUACGAAAUGAGCGAUCUACUGAACAAGCUGCAAUACAACGCGCCCGGCCUGGUAGGCAAGCCGAAGCUAGUUAUCGUGCAGGCUUGCCGCGGAGGUACGGUGGACGCGGGGCAGGUCGUGCAGCUGGACGGUUCUGGGGACCCCGCGCGGCUGCCUUCCCAUGUGGAUACACUCGUGCUCACCUCCUCAGUAGAAGAUUACGUGUCAUGGCGGGACUAUUACGGGUCGUGGCUGAUCCAGGAGCUGUGCCGCGUGGUGAACGCCACCUACCGACACCUAGAUGUAGUACAGAUGGCUGCCCUCGUCACUUCGCUUGUCGCACGCGAACGCGAGUCCAACACGCCGAGCAACCUGACGACCCACAGAAUGAAACAGACUCCCGAAUUACGCUCAACCCUCACUAAAUUACUCCGUUUCGAUGCUGGUUUCGAUUUGUAGCAUUGUCGACAGUGCUGAAAUUACAAUCGAGUAUCAGUCUUACUUACUGAAUACUAGUACCUACCCGCGACUUUGUCUGCAUGGAAUGAUAAUACGAUGAUGAUUGAUAAAAAUACCCCAUGUCCUUCCCCGGGACUCAAACUAUCUACAUUCUACAUGGUUGUCCAACCCAAUGACACACUGCCCUUAACCUUUUGGACGCCAGUGAUCGAUAUAUCCGCACCACAGGCCCAAACAGGCCAAAGACGAAUUAAUCAGUCACAGACCACAGAGC